CCAUCGUAAAAAAGUAUAAUUUUUAUCUGUCAACGAAGAGCAAAAUGCAUAAUUUUAGCUGCGUUUCGUAAGAAAUGAAUUUCUAUUUUGCGUAAGCGCACCGUGAAAAGUAUCAUCAUCCGUGAAGCGCACCUGCUGCGUCUAAGGAAGGGCAGUGUCUGUGAAUAAAGUAUAGCGGAGGCGUCAAAAUGAUAGGAGAGGGCAUGGGGAUCGGACCGUGAGCUACGCAGGAGAUGUCGACAAGAUGACAGCGGUUGUAUGACGCUCGUUUCGUUGAUUCUUCGGGUAUAGCGUUAUAGCGUGUACCGGAAAGGAAAAUCGUUCACGAACGAAACGAACGACUUAUGCCUCGUUACGGUGACACGUCCGUUUCAAUAGAAUCUCUGUGUCAAAACGAGAUCGUGAUCAGGCGUAUUCGGGUGAGAGCCACGACCGCCGCCGCGCCCGUGCAAUGUACACAGCGGCUUGAAUCGUGUCCGAGAUCAUCACUGUCCCCGAGGAGUCCUCUCUUUAAAGGGCCUGGAGUAGAGUAAUGAGCGUUUUCGGGGAUUUCCAGCGUGUCUGGGUACAGAGAUUCCCGGACAGCGCCUUGCCGGCAGCUUGGGAAGAAGACGUCAGGGCCAACCUAGUCAAGCAUAAACAGAAGGUGACUGCUUUGAGAGAAGAACUUGAAAAGGAAGAAUUUUAUGUGGAAUAUUUAGAAAGGUUAUUGGCUGAUGUUGAACGUCAUAAGCAAUUAGCAAAUAGUAAUAUUACAACUACUCCUGAGAAACAACAAUCCACAGAAUCACAAAAUCAACACAGUUGUUUAGCAACAGAGAAUAAUUUGGGAGAUUCUACAAGCUCAUCUAAUGUUCAACAUGUGGAAUCGUUAGCUCCACCUCUUCCAGCGCGUGAAGAUAUAAGUAAAUUUCAGGACAAGUGUGUUUCUGAACUAAGUUCUACUCUUAGUACAAGCAAAAGACCCAAAAGUGAAAUACCAAGGAGUCCUGAUAAAGUGCCUGAACUUAGAAGAAACAGUGACCCAGAUGUGCCAAGUAACUAUGUCACUGUAAUUGAAGUGACAGGAAGCUCAAAGAAAGAUAAAAAUGAAGAAUCUCUUAAAGAGGAAGAUGAAAAAGAUUUAGAAAAUGCAGUUAAUGAAGAUGGAGAGGAUGGUGAUGCAGAGGCAUCAGAGGAGGAACCUUAUUAUGAUUCUGUAGCCUUAGAUCAAACAGGAGAAUAUGUAUAUAUUGAUGCACGUGUUCCACCUGUUGGAAACAAUAAUGGCAGUAGAGCACCACCCAGAAGACCGCCCUCCUUACCUGAUUCUCCAGGGAAUCAGAGUAAUUAUGUCAACAUUGAUUAUUUUAUACAACAUCGAGCGGCAAUGGAUAGUGAGGAUGAAGAAGGUGCAAGUCCUGCACCACCAAUCUUAUUACGUGCUCUUAGCACGGAUAACGAAACUGGUAGUAGUGAUGCAGAGCCUUUAAGCCUAAGCGAAGGUAGCUUAGAAUCUCCAACACCAACUACACCUCGUCGACAGGAGAAAAGUAAAGACCGUGAAGAUGAUAGAACGUCUAUGAUUAAAUGCAUCGUAAACUCGGUGGUAGAAAGUGAAACUAUAUAUGUCGAAUGUCUAAAUGUAAUGUUACAAUACAUGAAAGCCAUCAGGGCAACAUUAACAACAUCGCAACCUGUUAUUUCUGAAGAUGAAUUUGGUACGAUGUUUUAUAAAAUUCCUGAAUUACAUGCACUACAUCAAACAUUUUUGGAUGGUCUUAGAAAGAAACUAGACAAAUGGGACAGUAAAACUACUAUAGGUGAACAAUUUAAAGUAAUGGCCAGCAAUAUAGGAUUAUAUGGAGCUUUUUUACAUAAUUACGCUCGCGCUACUGAUACUGUACGGAGGUGUUCUGCACAUUCGACUCAAUUUGGUGAAAUUACAAGAGAUAUAAGACUCAGAGGAGUUCCAAAAGGACCAGGUUUAUCUCUUGAAGAUCUUUUACAUAAGCCAGUAGCGCGAGUACAAAAAAAUGCGCUAGUGUUGCAUGAUCUCCUUAAGCACACACCAGUGAAUCAUGCAGAUCAUGCGCCACUUUCAGAGGCUCUUGGUAUGACUAGAAAUUUCCUAGACGAAUUUAAUAUUAUUCAGACGAAGUCAAUGUUUCCGAGUCAUGAUAGAGCACAACGGAGAUUAGUAAAAAACUCGUUUGUGGUAGAACUGUCUGAUGGUCAUAGAAAGUUGAGACAUCUUUUUCUUUUUAAUGAUGUAAUUGCUUGUGCAAAGUAUAAAGCUUCUGGCAGAGACAAAUUUACAUUUGAGUUGAAGUGGUAUGUACCAGUGGCAGAGGCGGUAGUGACAGAAGAUGGCAUUGAACCUCGUGAGACUAGUCCAGCUAAUGUUGUAGCUUUGAGAUCACAAGCAUGUACAGUACGUGAUCAGAUACUAUGGGAAGAACGGAAUGAUGAAAAACGAAUUAGACUCGGUGGUAGAGGUUCAGAAAAAAAUAGGAAGAAACUUGCUGAGCUUGAAGCUCAAUUAGUAUUAGCAUCCCCAAAUUUAGUAUUACGCGUUGCGCACAAAAGUCAACAUCGAGUACAAAACUCGUACACAUUCUUUCUAUCCAGUGAAUUUGAACGCUCUCAAUGGGUUGAAGCGGUGGAGGCAUUGCAACAGGUAAUGCGUUCCCAUAUGUACCUAGAUAAGUCAAAGGGUGGACAACCUCCAGGACCAUUACCUUUAUCAAUGUACGAAUUACAGGCUUGGGUUACAGCUUGUCGUACUUACCUUCAAACAGAUAUGGGAAGUUAUUUACUUAGAUCAGGACGCGAUGAAAGUUUAUUAUUAGGCGAUCUUCAUUUAACUUUACUUGGCUUGACACCACCUGGUUUAGAUAGAGUAGGGGAUCUUUAUAUUAUUGUGGAAGUUGAUAGUUAUGGACACUAUUUUAAACGUGCAAGAAGUCGAGUUGCGAGAGGCCAAGCUCCAACUUGGGGCGAAACAUUCGUUGUGGAACUAGAGGGAAGUCAAAAUGUUAGAAUUUUGUUGUAUGAAGAAUGUGGAACGCGUUCUGUAUUACGUGGCAAAUGCAUACAAAGAUUAAGUAGAUCUUGGCUUCAAUCAGAUCAAGUAGAAAGGUCAUUAAAUUUAGGCCCAGCUACAUUAGAUGUAGCUCUUCGUUUUGUCCCAAGUGAAGUGACAUUAAGGCGGGUACCAUCUGCUAAACCUCAAGGUUUAUUUGGAGCUAAAAUUCAACAAGUGUGCAAACGUGAAAAACGCGAUGUUCCUUUUAUUAUAACCGCAUGCGUUAGAGAAGUAGAAAGGAGAGGAGUCGGAGAAGUGGGAUUAUAUCGCGUUUCUGGUUCAGCUUCUGAUUUAACAAAAUUACGCAAAUCAUUUGAAAGUAAUUCGUACGAAGCAGAACAACUGCUUAAAGAGGUUGACGUUCACUCUGUAACAGGUGUGCUCAAAUUGUAUCUCCGUGAAAUGCCGGAAGCUCUCUUUACGGAUGCUCUGUAUCCCGCGUUUUUAGAAGCUUUCCAAACUGGCGAGUUAUCAAAAGGUGCUGCUCUCAGAAGAGUAUACGAAAGUCUACCAGCCGUGAAUAAGGCAGUUAUCGACUUUCUACUUACUCAUUUGAUACGAGUUAAUAAACACGAGGCCCAAAAUAAAAUGUCUUUGCACAACCUAGCGACAGUAUUCGGACCGACGCUUCUGCGUCCUGGUACGAAUUCGCGAUCUGAUGCAAAAAGUCGAGAUCCAUUAGCUGCAGGGACCGUGGACGUGAUGGCACAGGCCGGUAUACUUUAUUGUUUCUUGCAAAUGCAUAUGCAACAGAACAAUCAGUCACUCUAGUCGAGAGGUUCUUGUUGAUACAUCGUAGCGUCAGCUGCUUUUCGCGAGUCUCAUUGGAAAUUAGGCUCGCAGCAACUCACGUUGUAAUGUAAAAUUAACGAUUUUUUAUAAUAUAUAUUUUAUUAGUUUUGUGACGUAUCGUUUACACAACGCUGAAUUAGACGCAUAAGUAGAUAGGCUUUGACAAAAUCCUGAACGAUGAAAUUCCUCUUGUAUUGGUAUGCAUACGAAUAAUGUAGCAAAGUGGACUUAAAGAACACUUAUUGUACUUUAAGCUCCUUAAUAUAUAUUUUAUACUUAUAUACCCGCGAAGUCUUAGCCACGAUCUCUUGUUAUGUGAUGAUUCCACGUAAAACAUUUUUCCAAAAAAGAAAGCUAUGUUGAAGAAAAAAUUCUUCCCGUGAAGUAGAAUGAGAGAGUGAGAGAGAAAGAAACAUAAAUAUGGAAUUCCGGUCGUUAACGCAUCCACGCUUUAGAAAGUAAGUAUUUUUUCCAAUGGAGCGUGUUCCUAGCAGAGAAUCUAAAUUUUUUUACGCAUAUGUCCACAAAAAUGUCCACGUAUUCAAAACAAUCACGUUCCUAAAUGUUUCAGGAAGCACGUUUCUCGAGAUGUGCAAAUCAAAGCUUCUAAUAGUAUAUGCAAAAUAUGCUGGCUAUAUUCCAUUUUGUCACUUGAUAUUUAUGUUUUCUAGGAAAGCCACAUUUUUCUGCCGAUUCUAUUCUUUAUAAGAAUAUCUUUAAAGAAUUCUGCGUUCUCGAAUUUUUGUAAGAAAUAUCGCGAAAUGACUUAAAUUCAAGUUUCUAACAUUUAAGCUGUGGUUAGACUCGUGUUUGUUCUUUUAUUCAAGUUGCUUAAGUUUGUAAUAAUAACUGUAAUAACUUCGAUAUUUUAACGAUCUAUUUACAAAAUUAAAAAGGAAUACUGUUUUUAAAAGGAAAUUCUUUCAACCCUUGGAUAAAUUAAACAUAAAUAUUUUGUAUAUGCAAUUUUAAAGUAUUAUAUUUUAUUAUUAUAUACACAUUUAUAUAUUACAUAUAUAUAUGUGUGUGUGUGUAUACAUUCCUUUGCAAUAUUGUCAGUAAGAUAUACAAAUCAUUUUAAUCAGUUUCUGUUAGCAACCAUUUUUUAAAUUUCUUUUCUAAAUCAAUGUUUUCAAGUCUAAGUACAGCUUAAUUAAGUACCAAAGAGAAAAAUUCUCUCCCAUACCUUCAAUAGAGAACUAUGGUUAACCCUUUGAAGUAUAUCAGAUUAAAACAAACCAUUUUACAAAUUUUAAACAAAAUUUUUUCACUUUUUAUCUACUAAGUAGAUAAUGGUAUUUUUUUACUAUUAUAUAAUGCAGCUAAUCAAGUCUAUAUCUUCAUGUUCACUAGAUUUUUAAAAGAAUUGUGCUUUACUAAAAAGGAAGAAGAUACCAUUUUUGGAAAUAUAUACUUCAAAGGAUUAAAACACACAGAAGUGCAUUUGGCAGUACAAAUUUAAUACUCGAUAGAAUUCUGUGUUACAUGCUAGGAUGUUUGUGAACAACUUCUAAUCGAAGUUGAAAGAUUAAAAAAUGUAACGAGAGCUCGAUCAAAAGAUCGUACAUAAGGGUCGAAUGAAACAAGAGAAAAGAAACGAAGAAACAAAAGAAAAAAUUGAAAGAAAACAGAAAUUAAAAAAGAACACAUUACGUUAUUUUUCCGGAAGUGAUCUUUGCGCUUGACGAGCGAACAAGGCAACUAUUGUGUGCGUGAUUUCAGCGUGUACGUGCGUGUGUAUGUAUGUAUGUAUAACCCGCCCAUGUGUAUUAUAUCGUAAAUAAUUGGAUAUCUUUAAUUUUUAUAUCACAUUUAACGUUAAGACGCGUCCCUCUUUUGUACAUUCGUAAAAUGUGUAAAGACAAAGUUUCAGCUAUCACGAUUUAUUAUUAUUAUUAUUAUUAUUAUUAUUAUUAUAACUAUGAUUAUUUUUAUUAUUUCAUAUUUUACAAAUACCAAUUUCUCAUAGAACAAGUAUUUGUUAACGAAUGUUCGAUUAAGCUAGCUUAUUCGCAGCAAGACAAUGUACUGCCAAAAAGGAACCCUUAAGAUGCAUAAAUAUACUGGAAGUUUAUAAACUUUUA